UCUCUCUGCACCAAUCAAUGUGCGGCGGAGCUGCAGCCUAGCCACGCCUUCUGUUCUCUGUAAGAGCUGGAACAUUUUGUUUAGGAAGCCCAAAUAUUUAGAACAUCUGGACUGGCAGCCUGUGGCGCAUCGGCAGGUUUAUCGGCAACUUUUAAUAUUUUAACAGCUAGAAGCAAGUCUGACAUUUUAGACAGGCAGAGGUUUAACUUCUCCAAACCUCGACCAGAAAGACGUAAGAACGGCCAACUUUUAUUUGGUAAGAGUUUAAGUAAUGACAGAUAAACACGUAAUCGCCUCAUGUUUACUUUCAACAAAAAAUAAGUUAUGGAUAUAUGCGACGGGAAGAGAAGAAGAAAGGUAAGCGGCGGAGUGCGGAGCUGCAGGCGCAGCGUGGCCGCCAAGAUGAAGCGGGAGGCAGUGAAGGUCCUCCGCUCCCUCACAGUGGGGAACAACAACAAGCGUGCCGAGGCCAUGGACGAGGAAGAGGACGAGGACUGCUUCUCUAUCUCCUUCCUCCGGAGUGACCCCUCCAGGCCGGCGGCGGCCGUGUCUCCGCGGUACAGCCUGCUGCGGGAGGUGGGUCGGGGAAGCUACGGGGUGGUGUACGAGGCCGUGGCCCGGAGAACAGGGGCCAGGGUUGCGGUGAAGAGGCUCCAGUGCGACGCCCCAGAAAACGUCGAACUGGCAUUGGCCGAGUUCUGGGCCCUGACGAGCCUGGAGAACCGACACCAGAAUGUGGUUCAACUAGAGGAGUGCGUGCUGCAGCGGAACGGCCUGGCCCAGAAGAUGAGCCACGGUAACAAGAAGUCCAAGCAGUAUCUGCGGCUAGUGGAGACCUCCCUCAAAGGUGAGCGCAUCCUUGGUUACCCAGAGGAGCCAUGCUACCUUUGGUUCGUCAUGGAGUUCUGCGAAGGUGGGGACCUCAACCAGUACAUCUUGUCUCGGCGACCCGACCCCCAGACCAACAGCAGCUUCAUGCUCCAGCUAACAAGUGCCAUUGCUUUCCUUCACAAGAACAACAUUGUCCACCGGGACCUGAAGCCAGACAACAUUCUCAUCUCACAGAAAUCUGGUUCACCUGUACUUAAGGUAGCAGACUUUGGCCUCAGUAAAGUUUGUGCUGGACUAACCUCCAAGAGCAGUGAAGAAGAUCCUACAGCGAGAGCUGCUGGCAAAGGGAGCAACCAGUACAACACUGUCAACAUCAACAAGUUCUGGUUAUCGUCAGCUUGCGGCUCAGACUUCUAUAUGGCCCCGGAGGUUUGGGAGGGCCACUACACAGCUAAAGCUGACAUYUUUGCCCUUGGCAUCAUCAUUUGGGCAAUGGUCGAACGAAUCACGUUCAUUGAUGCAGAGUCGAAACGUGAACUACUGGGCACGUACGUUCGACAGGGCUCUGAGAUCAUUCCUGUUGGGGAAGCUCUGCUGGAGAACCCCAAGAUGGUUCUGCACAUCCCUCAGAAGGCCAGGAGCUCUAUGACUGAAGGGGUAAAGAAGCUCCUUCUGGACAUGCUUGCAGUAAACCCUCAGGACCGACCAGAUGCUCUCCAACUGGAAAUAAGAAUGGAUCAAGUCACUUUUGCUGCAUGACAAACGCUUCUAAACCUUUCCUUUUUUACCCCAACCCAUCCAAGAAGGGGCCCAUUUCCUCUCCAGACUUGUCGUCUCCAUGGCCGUGGACGGAAAAAGGACUGACAACCUGAAAUGUGAAGACUCGUGAUCUAGAACUGAGGCUGCAAGACAAACUGGAGCAUUAUUCCAAACCUCUGGGGCAGAAAAAUAUGCAAAUAAACUCGUUACAAUCUCA